CAGAUAGAGACGCGCUGUCAACGCAUCGCGACCACACAGGAUCUAGUGCACUCGGACUUAUCUCAGUCUCUAUCUGACCGGAAAUAUGUGCUCCUCGAGUCCCGACCAGCGCCUGGAUCACCUGCUGAGCGCCGUGAAGAGCGAGUUUCAGGAGGGCAGCGAGAAGAGCGACGCGUCGGAGCGCGAUAUUAAACUCUCCCUGGAAGACGCGGAGCUAUGGAGCAAGUUCAAAGAGCUCACUAAUGAAAUGAUUGUCACUAAAACUGGACGGCGGAUGUUUCCCGUGCUCAGGGCCAGUGUCACCGGUCUGGACCCCAACGCUAUGUACUCGGUCCUGCUGGACUUCGUGGCGGCCGAUAAUAAUCGGUGGAAAUAUGUGAACGGUGAAUGGGUGCCGGGAGGGAAACCCGAGCCUCAGAGCCCGAGCUGCGUCUACAUCCACCCAGACUCACCCAACUUCGGCGCGCACUGGAUGAAAGCGCCCAUCUCCUUCAGCAAAGUCAAACUCUCCAAUAAACUCAAUGGAGGAGGACAGAUUAUGUUGAACUCUUUGCACAAAUACGAGCCCAGGAUUCACAUAGUGAAAGUCGGUGGGAUCCAGAAAAUGAUCAGCAGUCAGUCUUUUCCUGACACUCAGUUUAUAGCGGUCACAGCUUAUCAGAAUGAAGAGAUCACAGCGCUGAAGAUCAAGCACAACCCAUUUGCCAAAGCAUUCCUGGAUGCCAAAGAAAGAAGUGACCACAAGGACGUCCCAGACCACAGCACUGACAACCAGCAAUCUGGAUACUCGCAACUUGGUGGCUGGUUCCUGCCCAGUAACGGCCCUAUGGGUCCCGGCAGCAGCCCUCCUCAGUUCAACGGGGCCCCGGUUCACUCGUCUGGCUCGUACUGCGAGAGAUACUCCAGCCUGAGGAACCACAGAGCUGCUCCAUAUCCCAGCCAUUACCCCCACCGCAGCACCACCAGCAAUAACUACAUGGACAACUCUUCAGGAAGUCUGGCUUCUCACGACAGCUGGUCGGCGCUGCAGAUACCCAACUCCAGUGGCAUGGGCUCCCUGGCCCACAGCACCAACACCACCUCCAACACCAGCCAGUACCCAAGCUUGUGGUCGGUGGCGGGGACGACCCUCACCCCCUCGGGCUCAGCAUCGGGGUCCAUCUCGGGCGGCCUGACGUCUCAGUUCCUGCGCGGUUCCUCGGUGUCGUACUCAGGGCUGAGCUCCUCUCUGCCCGUGUCCUCUCCCUCCUCUAUGUAUGACCCGGGCCUGAGCGAGGUGGGCGUGGGAGACGCUCAGUUCGAGAGCUCCAUGGCCAGGCUCACAGCGUCCUGGACGCCUGUGGCACAGAGCUACUGAGAGCCAUCAGACUGGGACUCUCUGGACUCCAUCUGACUGGAAGAUCCUACAGACGCUGCUUCCAGUGGGAACGCAGAAGAGCCUCUCGUGGUUUCGACGUUCAGAAUGCCUUUCGAAUGGAAACAGGCUGGUUUUCUUAAUCCAUGUCUGUAUGGAAUGAAGUAAAGCAAUCAAGACCUGGCGAGAGACAAUCACUUGCUAUCUAUAUUUGCAAAAACCAUCAUUCGAAUUUUAGACGUUAGGCAUAAAAAUGGGACCAAGUAUGGUGUUCAUUGUUCCCUUAUAAAAUUAUCUAAAAUAGUAAUGAGACCAAAUCGAGCUGUUGACCAACUAAAAUGUAUAUGUGUGUAAAUAAAAAGAAAUGAAUGCCCAUUUUAAUGGUAUUACAGUAACAGUAACAGUGCUUUCUUUGCUGUUUAGUUUGAAAACAGUUUGAAAAGUGACCCUUUUGUCUGCAAUCUGUCCUGUAGAGAAAUCAUUUGUACAUAUCUGUCUAUUUGUAUUUGUUACACUCUUGGUGAGUUAUAUUUAUGUCAUUUUAAUAAUAAAUUAAAGUUUUUUUU